UCCUAACGGACGGUACAGUGAUACCGUUUCUCCUCUCUCAUUUGAAUCCUUUACCGGCACGCGUGUCAUUUGAAAAUUUCAAAUUUUUAUUUCCACUUGUUUCUCAUUUUUCCAAAUUAAAUUCAAUUAUUGAAUAAUUGUAGAUUUUUGGAAAAAUUUAUUUUCAAUCAGUGAUUUUUUUAAUUUUUCAAAAAAAAAAAAAAAAUUUCAACCGAAAGGAAUAUUUUGAAAAAAAAAAUUCUGUGAACAUUUGAAUCUGUGUGUGAUUGAACUGUAUUAUUAAUUAAACAGGGAGUUUAUACACUAUUUGCUAAGUGUUGUGGAAUUCAUUUUCGUAAACAUAUACGUUUAGAAAAAAAAAAAGUUGAAAGAGAAAAGGGCACAAGAGGGAGACAGUGGUACCGGAGGCAAUUUUCUGACUCCACUCACACAAACUCGGCAUCGCGGGAAAGUGGAGCGAGUGCGUGAAACCGGGUUUCGGGAGGUAGGAAAAAUAUGAGCAUCUCGUGAAAUCGUCGGCACGUGUCUUUCAGCUACUUACCGGGAGAGACAAAGAUGGAGACCGAGGAGCUCACAAGACUCGUCGACGGCAUCUAUAAGAAUAUCCUGGAAAAAUUCAAUCCCGGAGCGAGGCAAUUGAUCAAUGCAGGCAAAGCGUAUCUCAAAGCUCUUCAUGGUGCUGCUGCCGCUUCACGCGUCUACGUUGAUGCUUUGUCCAGGUUAGCCCGACAGGCACAGCUGGGCACCUGGGGUGGUUCGCAAGAUGUCGGAUCAGCUCUGAUGAGGAUCGUCGAGGUGUAUAAGGAAAUUCAGGAGCAGGAGAUGAAUAUCUUGAAGGCGUUCUAUGUCGAUUUGUUGGUACCACUUGAAACUAAUUUAGAGAAGGACACUAAAGUUGUUCAGAGCGAGCAAAAGAAAUUUCUUCAGCAACACAAGACAAGAUCUGAGACUUAUAGUAAAGCAGCAGCAACUAUGAAAAAGCAAAGAAAAAAGUCGAGAGGUGCCAGUAAAAGUGGACUUGCCAUGGACAAAGAGUUGAAGAACAUGCAGAUUCUUGAAGAGGAAAAGUCAAAGCUUGACGCCUUCUGUGAACAGAGUUUGAAGAACGCGAUGACUCAAGAGAGAAGAAGGUAUGGGUUCGUGUUGGAGCGGCAAUGUUCCUUGGCGAAGCACUACGCAAGUUUUCAUGAAGUGGCUUUGGCUGCACUUCAUCCCUCUGUCGAUGAGUGGCGUGAAGUGGCAGCCACAAGAGAGUACCUGCCACAGUCUGUUGAAGAUAUGUUCGCUUCGAGAUUAAGGCAAGUGUCCUUUUGGCCGGACGAUGAAGAAAAUGGAGGUUCUGAAUUGACAAUGAAUUCACAAUUGCGAAAGACGAGGAGUAUGGACAGUUCCUGUUUGGAGCUACGAUUGGGACCAUCGCCUGGAAAUUCAACUUUGGUUCAUCAAAGUGGACCACCUCAUCUUCCACCGGCUUUGUCUAGAGCGCGAUCUGAAGCCAAUCUUCAUGCAUCGUCUCUCUCACUUGGACCAGAGGUUCCGGAAACACCUCCACGACCAAGAUCCAUGGCCCCAGCAUCCCGCAACAGUGCCGUGGUUAUGAGUACUGGAGUUGUUGCCGGAGGAUGGGGCGAUGCUCCUUUAGCCAGGGCACUCUUCGCUUAUCUCAGCUCUGGAGAAAAUCAACUCAGCUUUUUGGAAGGAGAUCUCAUCGCUCUGAUGGGCGAUAGACAAAAGGGUUGGCAGUUUGGCGAGAAUCUUCGUACACAGAGCUCAGGAUGGUUCCCUCUGGCAUACACCGAAGUGAUCAUCGACGAGAAUUUAGGGUCACCAAAUCACAGUUCGAAUAAUGGACGAACACCAGAGCCGAGAACAGUUCCACCGUGUAAACCGCCACCCACACGACCACCAAUGCCAAGUAAUGAUGAUUUAUCCUUGAACCAUGGAACCAAUAGCAAUGGCAACACCAAUAAUGGAACUCCAACUAAUGUGCCAAAAAGUAAUAGCGCUCAUAAUAUUACAACUCCAACGGCACGUCAACAAAAAGUGAUCCGUCCAUCCGGUACUUUGCCGACAGUUUUAGCUGGUGGUCGUAGAGUGCAACCGCCAGUCCCUCCGGUUCCACCUCCUCAGGCCGUUACUUCACUUCACAGUAGUAAUGAUAGUGGAUUUUCUAACGAGCCACCAGUUCAGCCUGAUAUUGAUUACAGCGAUGACGAGGCAAUGAGACUGCGACGCAGAAAGCCACGCGAAGCUGACCGAUCCAAAAAGCAGAAACAGCAACAGCAACAACAACCGCAGAGAGAUGAAAAGCCAAGCAGUGGAAAGAAUUGGGAGAACGAUUCCUGGAAGUCAAUUCCAAGGGAUGAGAAGAGCUGGCAUCUUUAUAGAGCUGCAAUGGACAUUUGGGCCAAUUCAAAUAUUCAGGAUAGCGAGAAAGCCGAGUCCGGACGUUAUUCAUCAGGUCGACGUCACAAGACUGAGGAGAAUCGUGAAUUCGCCAAUUCCCAAAGGGAGAAUGGCUCAUCGAAAAAGAAGAAAAAUAAAAAUCAACAACUCGACAAAUCACCCAAAAGUGACAUCGAUUUAUCAAAUCGUCCAAAUCCGAAUAACAGAAGUAAAUUUUCCCGCGAUCAAAAAAUGAGAAGUUUCACCAGUAGUCGUAAUGGUGAAUCAACAAAAAUCGAAAGUGAAGACGAUAUUGAAGUCGAUGAAGAGGAGGACGACGAUGAGGAGGUCACCUACACCAACGGUAUCGAAUACUCCAACAAAAAAUACUAUCGCGAAAAUAACGAACAAACCGAAAAUCAACACUAUCAAGAAGAAAAAUACAACAACAAUAAUAACAACAACGACGACGACAAAACUUCUUCAAAUUCUUCAAAUUCUUCCAACUCCGACGACGAGAGUACCAUAACAAUUCCCGAGACAGGCCGUAAGGUUGAGCACAUUGCCCAAAAAUUAGAGCAAACAGCACAAAAGUACGCUAGGGAGCACAGUCCACCAAAAUUCAUCGAAAGAAGAAUCGAGGAUAAGAAUAAUUACGAGAAUUUUAAUUCCACUGAGAGACGAUCACAAUCGCAAAGGCGUUAUUUUGAAAACACUUCGAAAUCAGCAACACUUGGCUAUGAACGUGAACGAACUCUUGAGAAAAAUGAAAGUCGUCAUCGUUUCGAAAGACCAAGACCACCGUCCAUCGAAGCUCCCGAGAGACCAAAUUUUCGCGAACGUCGCUAUUCGGAAAAAGAGGAAAUCUACGGCGAAACGUACAAUCAUAAUCCCCCAAUGAUUGAUAAGGAUCGUGGUUAUGAAUCAAAUUUCGAGACAAAAUUAGAACGAACCAAAGUACUCGAACGUCACUAUCGUGAAAAAGAAUCCGAAACUAAUGAAAACAACAAUAAUACAUUAAAGAAUGAACGAAAGGUCCUAUUACCAAGACAGAGUACCGCAAUGGGUCAUCUAAUUCAAACCGGUAGAUCUUUGGAGGUCGAUGGUAAGAGUCCAAAAUUAGUGAAGAGAACCAAAUCUUUCUGGCGUUUCAGACGUGAUUCCGAAGUUCUAGAGGGAAUGGCCCUAUGGCAGCAUCGUUCCCUAGUUGAUAUUCCCAAAAUGCUGAAAAAAGAGACAAAGGACGAGAAAAAUCAAACCAAUGAAUCGUCCCGAAAAUCAAGUUACGAGGAGACUAUCUCGACUCAUCGAACAUUAGAAAAAAAAAACAGUGAUUCGACAAUUACAAAUGAACCAAAACCAGCCGAACGUCAACAUGUGCCUGAGAAAGGGGAUUUUUUCACCGAUGACGAUUUUCCAAAACCUGCCGAGAGGCCGAAAAUUGUCGACAGAACGGAAUAUGUCAAUCAACAGCAACAUCAUCAUCAUCACCAACAACAUCAUCAUCGGGAGAGACAACAAGAGAGAUCCUAUUUCGUUGGUAAUAUAUCGCGUAAGGCAAUUCUUGAGAAUGAACGUAAACGUAGUUUGGAAGCGAAGAGAAAUAUGAUUGUUGCUGAACUCAAGGAGAAUAAUGAGGCGAAAAGAAAUGAUCGUAGAUGUAAAAAAACUUAUGGUGACGAUGACGAUGGUUUAAUGCAAAAUUUCACUGAAACUGAAGCGUCUGAUGAGGAAUCGACAUACAGUUGUAUUAUCGUCAAGGAUCAGGUGGCGGAGAAAACACUAUUGCCAAGAACAAAAUUAAGAAGAGAUAGUGAAAGAGAGAGGGAGAGGGGACGAGGGAAAGAGAGGGAGAAAAAUACAUGUGGACCUUGGUACGAUUUAUGGGGUGUUGAUCAAUCGGUCAACAAUAAUAACAACAAUAACAAAAAGAAGAAGAAGAAGUAGAAUGGCGGAGAGAAUUUUUUUCCAUGUUUUUUUUAGUUCUGGAAUUUUUCCCUUCCUACUGGACCUUUUUUUCUUUAUUUUACC